UGUAAAUAUGACCAGUGACGCGAUUCGCCAAUGAUUAUGGGCAGCGCUUGGAUAAAAUGCGUACAGUCUUAUCGGCUUUUAAUACGGUGUUUUUCGUUUUAAAGGCCCUCGGGAAGCUUCGUACACGUCCGUUAUGGAGUUGAAUGGCUACCACUGUGAUGGGGAGGGUUGUGGGGAAGCCGAAGAUGAGGACACAACGGGGCCGAUGCAGAUCCGCUCGGUGGCCGAAGCGCCAUGUAGCUUCGCUGCUGCCGCGAGCAUGGAGAAGGCUGCGGCCGGUGGACCCGCCCACAGAGAGCGGAGGAUAUCUAACUCGACCUCGGCUAGACAGAGGACCGAUUCGCUGAGGAAAAACAGGCCGCCUUUCCCAUGGUUUGGCAUGGAUAUAGGUGGUACACUGGUUAAGCUGGUCUACUUUGAGCCCAAAGACAUCACAACAGAGGAGGAACAGGAGGAGGUUGAGAGUCUGAAAAGCAUCCGUCGUUACCUUACCUCACACACAGCUUAUGGCAAAACAGGCAUAAGAGAUGUGCAUCUGGAGCUGCCAGACCUCACCUUGUGGGGCCGCAGGGGCUGUAUGCACUUCAUCCGCUUCCCAACCCAAGAGCUCCCCGCUUUCCUGCAGAUGGGCCGAGAGAAACACUUUUCCAGCCUGCACACCACACUCUGCGCCACCGGCGGUGGGGCAUACAAAUUUGAGGCCGACUUCCGCACAAUGGCAAACCUGCAGUUGCUGAAACUGGAUGAGUUGGACUGUCUGAUUAAGGGUGUCCUAUACAUCGACUCAGUGGUCUCAGUUGGACCUCCUGAGUGUUACUAUUAUGAGAACCCUACAGACCCAGAGCGCUGCCAGCAAAAAGCCUACAAUCUGGAGAAUCCUUACCCUCUGCUGCUGGUGAACAUCGGCUCAGGGGUCAGCAUUCUGGCCGUCUACUCCAAAGACAACUACAAACGUGUCACAGGCACCAGCUUGGGUGGUGGUACUUUCCUGGGCAUGUGUUGUUUGCUGACUGGCUGCUCCACCUUUGAAGAGGCUUUGGAAAUGGCCUCAAAGGGGGAAAGCACUCGUGUGGACAAACUGGUUAGAGAUAUCUACGGGGGUGACUAUGAAAGAUUUGGAUUGCCAGGAUGGGCAGUGGCCUCUAGUUUUGGGAACAUGAUGUGCAAGGAGAAGAGAGAUUCCGUUUCAAAAGAAGACCUGGCUAGAGCUACACUUGUUACUAUAACAAACAACAUUGGUUCAAUCACGCGCAUGUGUGCACUUAAUGAGAACAUAGAGAGAGUGGUGUUUGUAGGGAACUUCUUGCGGGUGAAUACGUUAUCCAUGAAGUUGUUGGCUUAUGCUUUGGACUACUGGAGUAAAGGACAACUCAAAGCUCUGUUCCUUAGACAUGAGGGAUAUUUUGGUGCUGUCGGAGCACUGUUGGAAUUGUCGAAUUCAUCCUGAUCGUCACAGAUCACUGUUAAUGCCUCAGGUCAUCGCUCCCACCAAAAAUCCCAAUUAUUUUGGAAGUUUACCACAGAUGCCUUUACUGACUGACCAUGAGGAUAUGUAAUCUUUAUCAUAAAUGAUAUCUAAUAUUUCUCCUUCAUGUCCUUAGCCAUGUCUAGCUUAGUCAUGUCUAACUGUUAGGUGAUGCUUCAGGUAAAAAUCAACUAAAAAAAAAAGUUGUAUGUUAUAUCCUUUGCCCACAUCUUUUGGAUCUCUAUGGCCAACUGCCUACAUUGUGAGCUAGGUCAUUAGCACUUCACUUUAUAGCCUUUAUUUAUUAGCUUUGAACAACUUCUCUUGCCAUCUGUCCUUCACAAGGGAACAGAUGCUGUCUGUGUGAUAACUGUUACAGUUAUAAUACUUUGCAUGUGCAUCAUCUUAUUCUCAUACAUAGACUCUUGAAUCUUGAAUAAGAGCUCGAAGAGACCAAGUCAGGCCAGUCAAUACUUUGUUUAUAACGAGGCCCAUAAAUGAGACCCUGUGUUUCAUAUGUUCAGAAGACAUUCAUACGGACCUUUAAUAUGUGUGGUUUUCUUUUUCUUCCUUUAAUUUUUCUUUGAAAUGUAAAUGUUUGAGUUUAAAAUACAUUUACACGUUAUUUUUGUUGUGGUCUUUUAAGAAUGGAACACAGCCAUGGAACCAUAAGACCAUUCAUGCUCCUCUAUUGUGUAUUCAUUAGUUUUCUAGAAAGGGCUGUACUUUUUCAUCAUUACAUACUAACACACUAAAUAUGUUUAGGCAUAGCACAGUGGAAACUCAAAAAUAACAACAUGCCGAUUUAAAGUGUAGAGGUGAACAUGUUCAAGUUUUUCUCACUGUUAACCUGUGAUUUGGACCUAACGGGGUGGGGGGGGACACUUGUAGCUGUGUUUGAUUGCAGCUUUAGCUUUAAUUCACGAUAGCUUAAAAUGUUCCCAAGAGGACGGUACCAGGGUUGUGGUCCAGCUGUUUGUUUCAAAUGUGGUUAUGAUUUGAGGUCACCGUGCAGGCCAGUGUUAUCAGUUCUCUCUUUUAAUUCCUGAAACCAUUGGAAAGGUUACGUUUUGUUUAAAAUUGUGCUUCGUGUGAUGUAAAAUGCAGUCUUUUCAUGAUACUUUAGUUAUUGUUGUUGUCAUAGGUAGCCUUAAAAGUGCCUGAGUAAGAGACAAUCUUGUUCCAGAUCGAUUUCAGAUGUCCAUCUUUAGAGAUACUUAGAGUACAAACCAGAAACACCUUUGUACUUUUUUCCAUGUGUUUUUUGUAAUAAAAUUUUUUUUUAAAAAUA